AUGUCAGAAGAAGGUGUGACUGAGGCACGAUUUUCUCUGAAGACGGUAGCUUUACGGGUAUUUCACCUUCCCCUUUCUUGGUAUUAUUCUCUUAACCAGAUAAAGCUUUCUCCUGGGUUAAAGAAGCUUUUCACGGUAACAGCAGUGAGUGCAAUAUCUGUUAUUUUUCUGGCCCAUCACUUUAAAAGAAGGCGUGGAAAGAAAAACAAGAAAGUGCCACCAUGGGAACCGAGUCAUCUAGUGUUAGAGUGUACCAAAGCAGCUGCAUCAGAAAAAGGUUCUAGUUGUUCCAGUAGUCGGCAAAACUUGACUCUUUCUCUGAGCUCUGCCAAGGAAAAAGGAUCUCAGUCUUGUAUCUAUGCAAAUGGAGGACUUUUCAGUAAAUACUCUGGUUCAGUUCAAAGCCUGGCCUCGGUUCAGAGUGCCACCUCUUGUCACAGUUGUGCUUGUGCCAAUUCUAAUUCCUGGGAUAAAGCAGAUGAAGAUGAUAUGAAGCUUGUCAAUAUUCCAGUGACCACACCCGAAAAUUUAUAUUUAAUGGGUAUGGAGCUUUUUGAAGAAGCGCUGCGUCGAUGGGAGCAGGCACUAACUUUCCGUAACAGGCAAGUUGAAGAUGAAGCAAGUUGUGGUUCCAUUAAGCUGGGAGCAGGAGACGCAAUUGCAGAAGAAAGUGUAGAAGAUAUCAUUAGUGCUGAAUUCAUUCAUAAGCUUGAAUCGCUUCUUCAAAGAGCUUACCGUCUUCAGGAGGAGUUUGAAGCCACCCUUGGGGCUUCUGAUCCUGCUUCUCUAGCUAAUGAUGUUGAUAAAAAUUUCGACAUCACUGUGAAGGAUAAUACGGAUGAUUUCUGCCUUCGAGAUACUUUAAGCAUUGCAUCAACGGACUCCUUUGUUUCCACAGCUGAGCUUACAGAGCACAGAGAGAUUCGUAAUACGUAUGGUCUAGAUUCCCUUUGCCAUUGCCCGUUGUAUGAAGAAGCUAUGCACUUAGCAGAAGAAGGCAAAAUUUAUUCACGAGUGUUAAGGACUGAAAUGUUUGAAUGUCUAGGAGACAGUGACUUCCUUGCUAAGCUUCACUGUAUUCGACAAGCUUUUCAGAUAAUUCUUUCAGAAACAGCAAACAGAAUAUUUCUUGCUGAAAGUGGAAGAAAAAUUUUGUCUGCUUUAAUUGUGAGAGCACGAAAGAAUCCAAAGAAAUUUGAAGAUGUCUUUGAUGAAAUGAUAUAUUUUUUGGAGCAAACAGAUCACUGGGAUAAUACUGAAAUGGAACUUGCUGCUAGAGGAGUGAAAAACCUGAAUUUUUAUGACGUUGUUCUGGACUUCAUAUUAAUGGAUUCAUUUGAAGAUUUAGAAAAUCCACCAAUAUCUAUACAGAAUGUAGUAAAUAAUCGCUGGCUAAAUUCCUCUUUCAAAGAAACAGCUGUGGCUUCAAGCUGUUGGUCAGUACUGAAGCAGAAAAGACAGCAAAUGAAGGUACCUGAUGGAUUUUUUGCACAUUUCUAUGCCAUAUGUGAACAUAUCAGCCCUGUUUUGGCAUGGGGCUUCUUAGGCCCUAGAAAUUCCCUUUAUGACCUAUGCUGCUUCUUCAAGGAUCAAGUGCUUUUCUUCCUCAAAGACAUUUUUGAUUUUGAAAAGGUGAGAUACUCAACCAUGGAGAGUUUGGCUGAAGACCUUAUGCAAUUAUUAAUCCGACACACUGAACUUUUAAUGGCCUAUCUUGGAGCAGAGUCCCUAAGACACGUCAGUUCUUGCGUGAGUGGUCAUGAGCAUGUCAUGACCAGUGGGCUCCUGGAAGCAAAAGUACAGUAA